AUGGAAAUCAACCUGAUUCCAGUUCCAGUUGCUUCAUCAGGUAGUGAGGGUUUGUAUUUCUGGGGCUUGAGCAUGCCCAAGGGAGCGUAUGGAGUUUUUCAGAGCAUAUUCUUGCCGGCUCGUCUUGGUUUGAUCCUAGACUUGGAUGUCACACUAUUGUGCGCUCGAUCUGCAAGUUUGCUCCAAAAAGACCUAAAACAAUUGAAGAAUGAAAAAAAGAUUACUGGUUAUGGUCUUGAUGUUUCUAUCGGGAGAUGUGAAGAAGAUCUUUGUCUCCUAAGACAGUUUAUAGAGUCAAAUAGCAUCACCAACCAUUCUGGGGAGGUUAUGGAUACAAAUACAAGUAUGAUUGUUCGUGUCCGACCUGCAUGGACGUUGCUGCGGGACUUCAUACGUGAGAGCGAAGACAAGAUGCGGUUUAAGGUGGUCUUCUGCACGGCCGUGGAGAGGGAGUAUGCAUUGCUGAGGUGGUCGUCUGCACGGCCGGAGAGGGAGUAUGCGUUGCUGAUGUGGAGAUUGUUAGAUCCUGAGUCUUAA